CUUGCAAUGCAUUGACUCAACAACUGCUGUCUCCAUCUGGUGGUGGGAAAUGUGUCCUGUUCUAACAGGAAGUGACGCAAUGAAAGGAUGAGGAAACGGGAGACAUUUGAAAGUAUUUACGCAAACGAAAUUAAUUUAGGUUCGUUUAAUGAUGGCAGCCUCAUUACCUCAGAAGCCAGGGAUGGCUGGGAUACCCCCCCAGCAGCAGCCUCACCUGCCCCCCAGUGCUGCCUCAGCCCCAGGUCAGCAGCCCCCUCAGGGAGCCCUGAGGGAGAUCUCACCAGUGUUCCUCUGUCGGAUUGGACAGGAGACCGUCCAGGACAUUGUCACUCGCACCAUGGAGAUCUUCCAGAUCACAAGAGCUACACAGCUUCCUAAUGGUGUGACGCAGAGCCAGGCCAUGUAUCAGGACCGCUUCGGGAAGCUCCAGGAACACCUGCGGCAGCUCGCCCUUCUGUUCAGAAAGCUCCGGCUCCUGUACGAACGCUGUGUGGAGAUGACCUCUGACCUGCAGGAGGGGCCAGCAGAGCUUGUGCCUUAUGUUGGGGAGGAGCUGGUUUCCAUCAAGGUGGAGCCCAGCGGUCCUGCUGUCAGCCAGGAAAGAAAAGAGGUUCUGGAGAAGGUACGCCAGAAGAACCAGGAGAUGAAGGUUCUGAUGGAUCAGAUGAGGAACCUGCUGUGGGAUGUCAACGCCAUGUUGACGCUCAGGAAAUGAUAGUUCCACUUGAUCCCUUCUGGUCUGAAGAGAUGCAUUCUUCCACAGGAGUUACGGCUGCAUAUUGGAAAAGACCAGGUGAAAUAAGAGAAUUUGUGUUGGAUUCUGAAUACGGGACUGUCCACUUUGGUACACCUCCUUCGUGGUGUUGUCACUGAAACUCACAAUUCACUGAAGAACCACGCUGUUUAUUACGUAUUAUAUUGAAUUUGUUGAGGGGCAAACUAUUAAUGCUAUAGGAACAAUGAUACACUCCAGCUUCAGGAAUUAUUCUUUUUUAUACAAGGCAGCUGACAACCCACUGGUUGUUUCCCAAGCGCUCUACAACUGUUAUUUUGUCACUCUGUAUUUUUGCAAAUAAGAUAUGGACUCCUGCUUUCACGCUAAAUAAUGAGUUGUAACCUGUAGUGCCUCAGGUUAAAACAAAAAGAAAGGUUUUCUUAAAACACUGUAUUCAUGGUGUCUUGCCUCCGGGUGCUGAGUUGACACCAGGCAGACUUGAAUUCAUUGCAGGUAAUUUUUCCAGAAGGCACAGAAGCUGAUCUUAUGACUGUGUUUACAAAAGGAACAGUUGCCCUUAUUAUGCUCUGUCAGUUGUAAAAACACUAUCUGUUCAGAAUUCAAAUUAGCCCCUUGGCAGCUAUGUAUCUCAGGUGUUUUGUACAGAAGUAAGUGUGUGUGUGUGUGUGUGUGUGUGUGUGUGAAAUGUACUUAAUGAGAUUAGCUUCCUGAGUGCUUGAAAGCACACCUGUUUACCCUGAGGGGGCUGAGACUUGCUUGCCUGUGAAUUUAUUUUUGUAAACUGGGGGACAAAAGGUAGGCCCACUGGGUCAUUUCUGUUUUGUAUGGAAUAAACCUUUUUUUUUUAAUUUAA